ACUUUUCACAUAUUUAGCUCCAGCUGAAAUACGUCACACACAUACACGGUAGCGCACACACAUGGACAUUUCUGGAGCGCGCCUAUAAAAUGAGCACAACACGACGCGCUCUCGAACAGUCGCUCGACUUGUGGAGAUAAAACGCGGCGACCGUCUAAAUCAGUCGACGUACAGCGCUGCAACAACAAACACCACAACACAAGUAGAACGAAGUGAAAAAGUAAAUAAAUAGCGAGUUUUAACUGUUUUGAUACGCGUGGCGCACAAAUCAAGCAAAUCAGUGUGGAAAAUCCGACUAGAAGGCGCAUAAUUUGUCCAGCCAUAAACGUUUUUUAUUGUGCAGAAGCAUCAAAAGAACAGUUUCAGCUAGCAAGCAAACACACAACAAAAAACAACAGCAACAACAUUGCUGAUUUAUACAAAUACAAAUAAUUCUUUUUAUGCAACAAAGCCGUUUAAAGCACAAUUGAUUUAUUGUUAUUAUUAUUGUUGUUGUUAUUCAAAUUGAAUGCAAAAGACUUGCCAGCUGUUCGUUCGGGAAAAAUUGCGGUAAAAGCGUGUUACUCGAAAAUCGAAAAAUCCAAUAAGAAAGGCGAGAGUGUGUGUGGCUGCGCCUGUGAGGGGGCCCGGUCAACGUCCUGCCUAAAAGUUUGGUUAUGUACGCUUUUAUCCUCGCUGCUGCUGUCGUCGGCUGCUGAAGGUGAGCGAAGGACAUUGCGCCUACCGGCUGCUAUAUAACGUAAAGGCGGCCCAGUAAACCACAACUGAUUCUAAAAAAAACUACACACACACACAUACAAAAGACACUCAACAUGCGCAUUUUUCCUGUACGUCUGUCGGCCGCUUCAUCCUCUAUGGCGAGCCUGGCCAAAAUGUUGGAUUUCUAUUCGGGCUUCAAUCCAUCGCCUCUGUCAAUAAAACAGUUUAUGGAUUUCGGUCAAAAUGCAUGCGAAAAGAAAUCAUUCAUAUUUCUGCGCAAGGAGCUGCCCGUGCGGCUGGCGAACAUAAUGAAAGAGAUCGCUCUGCUGCCCGAUAACCUGCUGCACACACGAUCCGUGAGCGAGGUGAGCUCGUGGUAUGUGAAGAGCUUCGAGGACGUGCUGGAGUACGAGAAGGUCGAGCCCACGCACGACAAUCUGCAAAAAUUUGUGCGCGAUUUGGAUCUCAUUAGGAAUCGCCACAACGAUGUAGUGCAGACCAUGGCGCAGGGCGUCAUCGAGAUGAAGGAGAACGAGGGCGGACAGGUGGAAGCCCCUAUAGAGAGCUCCAUACAAUAUUUUCUCGAUCGUCUCUAUAUGUCACGCAUUAGCAUACGGAUGCUGAUCAAUCAGCACACUCUGCUCUUUGGCUCCAGUCCGCAUUCAGUGGGCCGUCAUAUUGGCUGCCUGGACCCCGCUUGUGAUCUCUCCGAUGUGGUGCGCGAUGCCUAUGAAAAUGCGCGUUUCCUCUGUGAUCAAUAUUACUUGACCAGUCCCGCUUUAGAGAUACAGCAGCACAGUUGCACGGAUGAGGUUAUACCCAUACGCACUGUUUACGUGCCUUCGCAUUUGUACUAUAUGCUCUUUGAGCUGUUUAAGAACUCUAUGCGCGCCGUUGUCGAGCAUCACAAUCAGGACAGUUGCGACACGCUGCCGCCGCUCAAGGUGCACAUCUGUCGCGGCAAGGAGGAUAUAUGUGUCAAGAUCUCCGACCAGGGUGGCGGCAUUCCGCGCUCCCAAUCCGAUCAGCUAUUUAAGUACAUGUACAGUACGGCGCCGCAGCCAUCGAAAUCGGAUUUGCACACAGUUCCCUUGGCUGGCUAUGGCUACGGCUUGCCCAUCUCUCGCCUCUACGCACGCUAUUUCCAUGGCGAUAUUGUGCUACUGUCCUGCGAGGGCUUUGGCACCGAUGCCAUUAUUUACCUGAAGGCGCUUUCCGAUGAGGCCAACGAGCUGUUGCCCAUCUUCAAUAAGACGAGCUCAAAGUUUUAUAGGGCUACGGUGCCCACAGGUGAUUGGUCCAAUCAGGUAAAAUACGUUAAGAAGAAGACGAGCGCCGUUAGCCAAUAAGACUGGCCGUGUAUAUGUGUCUGUGUGUGUAUGUGAGUGUGUGUGCGUGUGCAACCAAAUAACCCAGCAAAAACCCCGAGUUAACUCCCCUCAGCAUGUGGAUAAUGGAACCCUCGCCUAAGCCCAAAGUCUUAAAAAUGAUUUAAUUUUAAAUUAAUUAUUUGUUAAAAGCCUAAUUUAAUGUUAUAUAUUAUAUGUACUGUCUGUAUAUUCUUUCCUAUCCCAAAACACUAAUUUUGCAUUUUGUCAUUGAUCAGUUGACAUUCCAAAAUUUUGAAAUAUUUCG